CACAGUUCUCACUUAAGCUUCUGUUAAAAUAGGUCAAAAUGAAGAAUUUAAUUGGAUUAAUAAUCUGGAUUUCUACACUGACUUUGAUAGCAUCUCAAGAUUAUUACGAUGAUGAAUCAGACCAGUUAUUAGACUGCAACAACCCAACAAACAAGUGCACAUGUACAUGUCCAGACAGUGGAAUCAAAUUCAAUCCAGAAUUGCCUGUAGCUAUACCACCUGUUCCAACAACUUACCUCAAACCAAAAGUUGAAGUUUGCAGCUAUGUGAAAGAUUUAUUUGAUGGUGGAACUUACUUAAAGUCAGCUUGUUUUGUUCACCAAAAUUUAGAUUAUAAAUCAGCAACUCAAAAAUGUGCAGAAUAUAAAAUGAAUCUUUUUGUGCUUAAUGAUGAAGUUGUUACAUCACACAUAUUGGAUGCUACUCAAGAAAAAUAUCCAACAGUAAAUGGAGCGAUGUGGGUAAAUGGAAUGCGACAAAAGUUCUCAGCUAAAUGGCAAACCUACAAUCUUGAUGGAUCAGUUUACCAGAAACUUGAUAGCACCGUUAAACUUUAUAGUAAUCAUGAACUAGGAAAUUGUCUUCAAGUGUCUCGUAAGUAUACAGACAUUUACUAUCCACUUCCUGAAAAUUGUGACAUCAAACGUUAUUUUAUUUGCGAGCAUUUUAAAAGAACUCAAACUCCACCAAAACUUGACACAACUAAGUGCCUUUACAAGCGCGAUUUAUACUUUAACAACUCUUAUGUCAAGUCUAUGUGUGUUGUUAAUCAAGAGCUAGAUUAUGAUCAAUCAAGACGUAAAUGUGCUGAAUAUGGAAUGAAUUUAUACUCAUUUGACACCAGAGAAUCUUAUGGUGCAUUUUUCAACUCAGCUGAAGACUUUGCUAAGGCUUAUCCUUCAGGAAGGAAGUGGAUAAAUGGACAACGAGAUGCAAAUACAAAUGAAUGGUACACAUAUCAUUCCAAUAGACUCGUUCAAGGAAAAAUUUACAAAGGAUUUGAAUGGGCUAAGGAAAACAAAAAUUCUGGUCGAUUCUUAGGACUUUCAACAUUGUAUGGUCCUUAUCAAGGUGUAGGUUAUGAUUCUGGGAAGUUUUGGUUUAUUUGCGAAUAUAAAUAUUCUGAGAUUUUGGUUUAAAGUAUUGUCAAAUGUCAAUUAAAGUCUAGAAAUAAAAGUGUUAUGACUAGAAA